AUGGCGGAAGAAGUCAACGUCGUCGUUAUCCACUACCCAAAACCAGAGAAGAUUCAAGAGUUCCGAGACCUCGUUCUUCGCGUUAAGAACACAUUUAAGCACUACCCAGGAUCGCUGCAUCAACACGCCUUCGAGGUGGAGAAUGGGGAUGGGGACGGACCUGAAAUUGUCGUGAUCGAAAGAUACAAGGACAAAACCUCACUAGAAAAGCUCGCCGCCUCCGAAGAGUUUCAAGAGAUCAGCAAGUUGGUCCCCGGAUUGGUUCGACAACCUCCUCGUAUUAUCCAGGGGCCUCCUCUACCUGGGUUCCCGGGGAGUCAGAAGGGGUUGGAAGCUGCAUUUUUGAUUGAUAGUCAAUGGGUGUAG